AUGGUAAAAUCGCAGAGUGAAGAGAUGAAAACACAGUCUGCACCAGCUCCGAUUGUUGCUUCUUCCUUGCCCAGAUCAUCUCCUUUAAAUCUUGAUGUGAAGAAAGAGCCUGCAGAAUCUGAUUCUUCAUCAAAAUUCUCAGCAGAUUCGCAAAAACUCAAACAUCAAAACCACUCAUUUCACGGCCAUGAAGAAUCUGACAGCGUAAACAGAAGUAAAAGAUCCUUCGAUAAAACUCUUGAUAAAAACUGCUUGCAACCAGAUUUAUAUAAAUUUUCACGGCUGCCGAAUGAAGGCAAUUUGCCGUCGACACUUCAGAGUCACCCUUCUAACCCGUAUUUAGGGUUAAUGCCAGGAAAGACUAGGAUAAGAACCUCAUUUGAUCCGGAACAUGAGAUUCCUCGUCUUCAGAAGUGGUUUAGCGCCAACCAGCAUCCAACUAGAGAGCAGAUGAUGAGGUUCAUGCAAGAACUUAAUGGGUUAGAAUCCAGAAAAGGUCGAAGACCUCUGGACCUAACGAAUAUUAUAUACUGGUUUAAAAAUGCCAGAGCUGCACAGAGACGGGCCACUAGAGCGCUUGAUGAUUCCUUCGAGAAUGAAGAGAACAUUGAGAUGAACUCUGUAGAAUCAGGAAGCCCGGCUUCCGAGUCAGUUCCACCUUUUCUCCCAAACAAGAAUGCAGUUUAUAUGAUUCCCUUCCACCCUUACCCUCAUCUCAUGCCCAGUGUUGGAGAUAAUGUCAGGGACAGGGACAAUUUAGUAUCAGGGACAGAUGUUGAUGAACCUUACGAUUUGUCCCUAACGAAACGGCCAUCCUCAGAAAUAUCCAAAACAAACGAAGAAACCGAUAGAAGUGACAAUCACUUCUUGUCACUCUCCUCUUCUCCUUCACCAACGAAAUCUUCUUCAGCAUCUUCUGAGUGUGAAAAUCAAAGCAACAGCUUGAAGAAGAAAAAACCCUUCUGCCCGCCGAGAUUCCCGGCUCUCUUGGAUGUGGCUUCUAAAAUGCGGCAAGAGAUCCCGCACAGAUCUGAUGACAUUUACUUCACCAAUGGCAGUGGCAAUAAUAGUAGUAAUCAAAACAACUUCAGGGUAUCUCUGUAUAGGUCAACCCCGGGGUCAAUUGACAUGGAACAUUCCAUAAAAAAUGAAGACAUUGACAGUAACUUCUCUGAUCCUCCCACCCCUUUCCAGAAUGGGGACAUUGUGUUGGAUAAGUUCUCUGCCAGUCUAAAGAUGAAACAUGAAGAAAAUGAAUAUUUUCAUCACCUUAAUUCUAGAAAGAAUUACAGACAGUUAAGCCAUACCUCUAGGAAUUCAGGUUUGGAACUAGGUCAAGUGAAGAAGGAGAAUGAUAGAAAGGGGAAUUCAAGCGAUGAAGAUGAUGAGAGCUCAAAUGACAGUUACAACUCUGAGGAGGAACUCAAGCUUCGGAUAAAACAGAAUGCAGCAGCAGCAGCUGUCGUUGAUUAUGCAUCAGCCAUGCACAGUAACGUAUCUCGUCUAACGGCGGCAAAUAUGGCUGCUUUGUCCCUGGCCCAGAUGGGUCAGCCUUUACACAUUCCACAGUUGACAUCAUCACUUGCCAUGGCUUACUACCCAAUGGAUCCAAGAUUCUAUUCACAGCCUGCAGUUCCACAUUCCCUGUCAGCAUCCCCGCCAACUUCCCUUGCUGCAACGCAUACAUCCCACCUGUCGCAGUUAACACUCAGGCAGAGCCAGGAUUGCACCCAUAUAGACUCCCGAAGUCCACUGUCUUCUCCGUCUCUCAUGCAGCAGUCCUUGAAUCAGUUAAAUCACCACCAGCAUCAGCAGCAACAAACGCGUGUGUUUAUCGACCCCCUAACAGAGAUCCCCAAAUUAGAGAAAUGGUUCACCGAGGACACACACCCAUCAGCGUUUAUGAUUGACAAGUACUGUGAGGAACUCAACAAAUGUGAAUACAGGCAUAAGUUCCCGAAGUUAGAGCCCAAGAACGUGCAACUCUGGUUCAAGAAUCACCGAGCCAAAGUCAAGAGAAUGAAAGUAUCUGGCGACGACCAUGCGGACCAUAAUGGUACUGGGGGGCAUGACGAUGACAUUGAUGAUUAG